AAGUUUAUUUUAGAGAAAAAAACAGAAAAAGUUGUCUACUUGAAAACCGAGUUUCUAUUGGCGUUCAUUGUCGGAGCAAAUAUAAUAUACUAUCCUCUCUCACCAAAAGUCACACGCUCGAUUGAUGAUACCCCUUUAAUAGUAAAACCUUUCCAAAGUGUUAAACAAUUCAAUUUCCCCCAGUUAUCUUGCUCGAUCUCUCUCCCAAAAAUCGUACGAUCUAGAAAACCCUAAUGUGAUAAAUGCUACUUUAACCCCCAAUUCUGCAAACCCUAGAGCUCGUAGCUUUUGAUCAUCGUUAAAAUUCUCCUUUAAUAUCGUUUUUGGAAUGAAGAUUCCUACGGACGUUUUUGAGUUCAAACUCGAGGAGCAGCCUUCGGAAAUCGAAGCUAAUAGGUUUUGCAGCAAGUAUACAUUCACCCAAAAUGGUGCACAAGGAACCAAUAUAAACUCGAAGGAGACUGGUGAUGAACCUACUGUAGACAUGGAAGCAGCUGACGGUGAUUUCAAUGGUAAAAGUGCUCGCUCAAGUCUGGAUGCAGAAGAUUGUAGUGAUGAGAGAAUGCUGAGAUUGGGUGGCAUUCCAACAAUUACUUCGACAAAACAAAGGCGAUAUCCUGAUAGGGAACCUAACAAUUGUAUAGAUGGAAGUUUCUUGGAAGGCAGUUCAUAUACUGCAACAGCUUUUCAGGAGAUUUUCUAUGGAUCUCCUUCCAAAAUGGAAUAUGUGCAGGAUGAAUCAGUUGGCACGGAUUCUGAUGUUGAUGAAAGCAGAAGUGAUGAAUCAGCAUCAUACUCAUCUGCCACCCCAGACAAUCAUGACAUCUUAGAUGGACCAUUAUCAAAUCAUCAGUUUGACCAGUGGGGAAUGUUUGAAAACAAGCCAAUUGUUUUCUGUCCUGAUUAUCUCUAUUAUCGAGGAACAUCCUACGCAGUCACAGACACUACAGUAACCUUUUCCAGUAAUUGUGUUGAGGUCAAAGGCUCAACACUGAACGGGAAUUCAGAGACAUCUUGCAUUCGCUUUGGAGUUGAAGACAUAUUUCAAAUUCAAUCUCAUUUGUCAGGGAGGUUUGACGUGGCUGUGUUUAAGAUCCAUGUAAAUAAAAGAUCAACAACACAAGGUGAAAAUGCUCACGAGAGUUCUGGUAUUGAGGAGGUGGAGUUUGCUGUUAAUGAUUUUGACUUGUCCGAGAAAUGUGAAGCAAUUCAAUCUUUGGAUGGCUACAAAACAGUAUGGAACUACAAUGAGAUUGAAGAAUGGAGGGAGAAUUCACAUAGAGAAACAUCAGAUCAGCAAUCCAAGAAAUAUUUUCCAAGUUACGGUGAGCCGCUUGAAGAAGUUUAUUAUCCUAAAGGAGAUCCUGAUGCUGUUUGCAUUAGUAAGAGGGACUUUGAUCUUCUGGCACCAGAAACAUUUGUCAAUGAUACAAUUAUUGAUUUCUACAUACAGUAUUUGAAGAAUGGAAUUCCUCCAGAGAAGAGGCAACGAUACCAUUUCUUUAACUGUUUCUUUUUUCGAAAGUUGGCUGACAUGGAUAAAGAUCCAACCAGUGCAUUUGAUGGUCGUGCUGCUUUUUUGCGUGUCCGUAAGUGGACAAGGAAAGUGGACUUAUUUGAUAAGGACUUUGUUUUCAUUCCUGUAAAUUACAAUUAUCACUGGAGUCUGAUUGUCAUAUGCCAUCCUGGUGAAGUGGCUAACUUUACAGAUGAUGAUACUGCAGUUAGCUCAGUCAAAGUACCGUGUAUAUUGCACAUGGAUUCUUUUAGAGGAAGUCAUGUGGGUCUCAAAGAUCUUCUGCAAAGCUACCUCUGGGAGGAAUGGAAAGAGAGGACAAAGGAAACGUCUGAAGUUGUCUCCUCAAAAUUUCGAAAUUUGAGAUUUCUUUCUCUUGAGGUACAACCUGAAGUUUCGUUGCCCAUUCCUAUAAAUUAUUUGCAUUCCCAUACAAAACUUGUCUCAUAUGAGGAAUUUGAAUGUUCAAAACACAACAGUUACGGGAGAUUUAUUAGUAUUGUUUCUGUACGUGGGGAAAGCAGAGCAGUUAUUAUUCUACCUGAAAUUGAAUUACAUGCAGGGUGGGGAGAGAAAGCCUCUAAAAUAGAAAGGUUCAUUCACAGAAACUUUCCCUUUACAAGAGAAACGGAGCUUCCAAAAUUACAUCACGCUUUUGCUCAUACUCUACGCUCAAACAAAUGGUCAGAAUCAAUUGCCAACAUCAAAGUUAUUCAACCAGAAGAUGGCCCUAUCAAAAUCGUUGGUUCAAUGCCAACAGUCAAAAGUCUUUUGAACAUAUGCAUCGUCGGCAAGUUCUCGAAAGAACUUGACAUAAUUCCCUCACGCACAGAGGUUAGAAGAUGGGUAAACAACAAGUGGAGUGAUGCCGUUGGAGUCUAUGAACUGAAUGGACUACUUUUUCUCUUCGAAUUCCCAACCAGAAGGAUGGCGGAGCAAACUAUGGAGGAAACCUGGAGAUGGAAGAAUGCUACUCUGUUGCUGCGAUGGUGGUCGCUGGCAGCAGCUUGCUAUCCUUUUGAAACAAAAUUCGACUGGAUCUGGGUGAGGAUUCUCGGACUCCCAUUACAUCUAUGA